UCAUUGGCAUCUUUCAUUCUAUAAACCUAUUUCCACGACGCAUGCGCGUUCAGAGUUCCCUCACCCCAUUUUUGGAUAGUUUCCCGCCAGUGCCCUUCCAGAAUUGUGUCUGUGAAGGUCUCUCAUAGCCAAAAAAUUGUUAAAACACCAGAUCAUAUCCGUCAUACCAUAUCGAUUAAUAUAUUUUAAACAUGACCCAAAUUGUAUUCAAAUCAAUGGUCGAAUAUUUUUUAUCAUAUUUUAUUGAAUCGGUUUUAGCAUUGUUUCUGAUCUUUUCCGUCAUGUGCCACGACGGCGAGGAGGAUUCGUAUUAAUUCAAUAAAUAACAUGACAAUAGGAUACGUAUAUUACAAGUAAGUUACAUAGAAUAUACAACCGUUAUAAUCAAUAGAAGAUGGCGAACACGGCACAUUUGAUGAGGCGACAGAGCUCGCGAGAUUUGUACGCCCAACGAUCUUUGGAUAGAAUGGAGAUGAAGGAACUGAGAGGUCGGCUGGUGACCAUGGAAAAUGGACAUCCCAUACACCGCACCCACGUCAUAUACGGCGCCACCAAUCAAGCCUUUGAGGACACGAGCCCCAAUAGAAGAUCCUCUGAGACACCGACUAGCAAGGCCAGCUCCACAGAAGGUCCCACGGGCUUAAAGCCCGAAGGAGGCGAGUGCGAACGGGAAUCUUGGGACAGCAAGUUGACGUUCUUACUUGCGACCGUCGGAUAUGCUGUGGGUCUUGGUAACGUUUGGAGAUUCCCCUAUUUAGCACAGAAAAAUGGCGGUGGAGCGUUCUUAAUCCCGUAUUUUGUGAUGUUAGCUAUUGAGGGUAUACCGAUUUUUUAUUUGGAGCUGGCCAUCGGGCAAAGAUUAAGGAAAGGCGCGAUUGGUGUUUGGCACCAGGUCUCACCGUACUUGGGUGGGAUUGGUAUCAGCUCAGCUGUGGUAUCUUUCAACGUAGCGUUGUACUAUAAUUCCAUCAUCGCCUGGUGUCUGUUCUACUUUGCGCAGAGCUUCCAAGCUGAGCUGCCUUGGUCGGAGUGCCCGAAGAAAUACUUCAACAAUGGAUCCUACAUCAGCGAACCAGAGUGUGCUGUAAGCAGUCCCACUCAAUAUUUCUGGUACCGAACCACUCUCCAGAUAUCGGAAGACAUCAAUCAUCCCGAAACAUUUAAUUACAAGAUCGCGCUCGCUCUCAUCAUCGCCUGGAUCUUAGUCUACAUGUGUAUGAUCAAAGGCAUAGCGUCUUCUGGGAAAGUUGUCUACGUCACAGCCACCUUCCCAUAUAUAGUUCUGGUUAUAUUUUUCUUCAGAGGGAUAACUUUGAAAGGAAUGGGAGAUGGGCUCGUUCAUCUCUUUACGCCAAAAUGGCAUAAAAUCCUAGAUCCAGUUGUCUGGUUGGAAGCGGGCACCCAAAUUUUCUUCUCCUUGGGCCUCGCUUUCGGAGGCCUUAUCGCAUUCAGCUCAUACAACCCGGUGGACAAUAACUGCUACAGAGAUGCGAUCAUGGUCUCAAUGACGAACUGUCUAACGUCCAUGUUCGCUGGCAUUGUUGUUUUCUCUAUCAUCGGUUUUAAAGCAACUAUGGUUUAUGAGAAAUGUUUGGCCAUACGAAAUGAGACCCUCCUUGAAGUGUUUGGUCCUGAGUAUACUAGAAUGUCGUUUCCCGAAGCCGGUCAAAAAUUGGCCGUCAUGCUGAACGAUACCGUAACCAAUUUUAUUAUGCCACAUCUACCGGAAUGCGAUCUCCAGAAAGAGCUGGACAACACUGCAUCGGGCACUGGUCUAGCCUUCAUAAUAUUUACGGAGGCCAUCAACCAGUUCCCUGGUGCUCAGUUCUGGUCCGUGCUGUUCUUCUUGAUGCUGUUCACUCUCGGCAUCGACUCGCAGUUCGGGACGCUGGAAGGCGUGGUUACCAGUAUUGUUGAUAUGAAACUGUUUCCAAAUCUUCGCAAGGAGUACCUCACUGGAGGUCUAUGUCUGAUCUGCUGUUUAUUGUCUAUGGGUUUCGCUCAUGGCUCUGGGAGCUAUAUAUUCCUGCUCUUUGACAUGUACAGUGGAAACUUCCCGUUACUGAUCAUCGCUUUCUGUGAAUGUAUUGGGAUAGCAUACGUCUAUGGCGUGAAGAGAUUCGCGGAUGACAUAGAGCUGAUGACGGGUCAACGUCCCGGGAUAUAUUGGUUGAUCUGCUGGAAGUAUCUCUCGCCUCUGGCGAUGCUGUCCAUACUGAUAUCCUCGUUCGCGGAGCUGAUCAUGGAAGGUUCGAGCUACGAAGCUUGGAUCAGCUCCGAAGGCGAUACUGUGAAGAAGCCCUGGCCUCUGUGGGCUGUUUUGUUGGUGUUGGUGAUGGUGCUCGCUUCGGUACUUUGGAUACCAGGACUGGCGAUUUGCAGAUAUUUGGGUAUCCAGGUUAUAGAUGAUGAGGAGCGCGCGUGGUUCCCGGCCGAGGAGUUACGUGAUUUCCACGGCUUGGAGCCGAGGCCUGUCUCCGCGUUGGAGACGCUGCUGUUCUGUACACGACCGGACGGCAGUGAGAAGUGCUGUUGGCCGGGGUGCUGCGAUACCGACGACGAGGAAUAGAAGAGGUGAUGAGUGAGUGAGAGAGAGAUCUGAAUAGAGAGAGACGGAAGAUGGUUGACUUCGGUUUGAUCAGGAUUCGAGGUUUACAGUUUGCUCAACCCAGCAUGAGGUUCCAGGUUCAGGUUCAAUGGAAAGAAAUUUGAAUAAAAGUUAAGUACCCAAUCAUUUUUAAUUAAAAUUAUGCUUGAUGUGACAUUUACGAAUAUAGUAACUACGACAAUAAAUGUACUCUCUACAUUAAUGAGCACAAUCAUAUAAGUAAACAAUGUUUCUCAUGUUAUAAGAACAAAGCGUUAUGAUAAUAAAAAAAAAAACGCACAAGUUAAUGUAUUAUUAGUUGACUUUAUUGUUUGCAUGAAAUCAUACAGCCAAGGUGUUGCUAGAUUAUAUUUUUCAUUUAGUAAUUUAAAAAAAAAAUGUUUAUGCCACCGUAGUGAAUAUAAACAAUCAUAAUUAAAUAACGGCAACAUAUCUUAUGACAUAUUCUUGUUCUCUAGUUACGUAAUUAGCAACAUAUUUUUUUAGUUUUUGAAUAUUUUUAAUAUAGACUAAUUAAAAACAUAAUCGAUACUUUAUCGGAAAUGUUUGGGAAACAUUUACAUGCGUUUUAUAAAGCUAUUUAAGCGUUGUUACAGACAAUAAAAGUCAGGUAUUAGAAUGGGUUUUAACACGUUUUUAAGAUUUAUGGUAUUCAGCUAAACUGUGUUACAGCCACAUUUAUUUAAUAUAACAUUUAUUUUCAAAAUGAAUGUGAUUAAUUGUGUGUUAAAUAUAAAAUAUCUAUUGACUAGCUCAGCGAAUUAUUGUGGUUCAAAUUUUCUUUUAGUUUUCGAUAAAAACAUAUUAAUUAACCCAUAGUUUAAGACAAUAAUAGGAUUAUAUCAUAACAAUAUACAUAACCUUAUACGUGUUAGUAUUUCAUACUCAUUUAUUACAAUAUAUGCUCUGCUCGAGACAAUAAUUUUUGUAGUAUUUAGGGAAAUUUCGACUAGUCAAGUUUUAUAAAGAAUUUUUUCUUUAUAUUAAAUAUAUUUAUAUAUAUAUGAUUAUGUAGACUGCAAUUUUGUUACCUAUACAAAAUAUUUAAUUGUUGUUAUUUUUUAGAACAAAAUAAUAUGUAUAAGAAAAAUUAUAUAACGUUAAGAUAAACAUAACACUUUCAAUAUUUAUAAAAUACAUAUCUAUACAGAUUUUUUUUUAAUGUAUUUUUUUAUAUUGUGUUAUAAAAAUAUAAUCCAUUUCAUGUUUUUUAGUACAGUAAAAUUUGAUCAACCGUAAAUGUGAACUUAAAUUUAUGAAACUUUUUCAGGAUCAAUAUUUUUUUCAUAUUUUAUUAGGAUUUUGGAAUAAUUAAAUUGUUUGGAAAAAAAGUAGUUAAUUGUAAUUUAAAUAGUAAGCUUAUUCGAGCAUUUAAUAUUUACAAGUAUCUGCCAUAAUCUAGCGUCCUCUGAUACUGCAAUCAGAUAUUAUAAUACAUACGUCUUAAUAUAUUAAAUCUAGACAUGUUAUACCUACUUCAGUCUGCGCACAGCUUUUAGGGUUAUUUCAAGAUGGCGUCAAUUAAAAUGUCAUGUCAUAAAAAUAUUAUUUUUUGUAAAUUAAGAUUUAAUGCGCGAUUAUUUCUUUAACGUUUAAACCUUUUGUUGUUUGCUGAAAAUAAUAUUUGGAAAAUAUAGAACACAAGACAUCGAAUAUUGUAAAUCGCACAGAUUUUUAAUUAAGUAUGCAUAUUAUAUUUACAAAUACUUAAACAAACUUAUUGUAUUACCUAAUUGUUGCAUAGUUAGUUCAUAUAGAAAAAAUAAUAAUUUAUAGAAAAUAAAUAUGCUUUUAAAUCGAUAUUUUAGGUCUUACCUAAUAAAAAAAAACUUUAUUUACAGCAUAUUAUUUUAAUAUACAUACUUUGCAUAAUAUAAGGAAACUUCAAAAGACAAUAAUGUUUUAUUAUAUAUAAAAAAGAUAUUUUGUCGUAGUAAAAACAUGUUAUAGUCUAUGCUUAAACUCCAACAUAGACAAUAAGUAUAAUACUAAUCUAUUAUAAUACUGUUAUUUGUGAUUGUAUCUAUCUAACUCGUUGUUGUAAAAAUUUGUCUAUCUAUUGCGUGUUGAUGGUAACGUCACCCGCACUGGAGUUCACUGACAGCACACAGCUAAGAUAAUAUAAGAGAGACAAUUUGAUUUUUUCAAUAUUUGUUUACACAGCCAUGUAAUCGAUAGACCAUGGAAAAGACGACCUAAGUGAAAAUCCCAAAUUCUUCCGAAAGUCAUUAUUUCACGCGGACAUAUAUAUACAAUAUAUGUAUAAUGACAUACUGUCUAAUAGAUUUU